GCUUGAAUGGCACGUUGGUCUCGCUUAGGGGGCGAGGUUGGGUCGCCGACAGCAAAUCUUGCAUAUGCAGAUCCGCUCGUGAUUGGGCCUGGCAAUCGUGCUCACUAAUCCGGCACUUUUCACGAUGUGCAGGCCACCUGGCCUAUCAAUUCGAACAGCGCCCUCCUGUUUCUGUCACAUCUUGAUUUGUUGACCAAAACAUUUGGUUCAUGCAGAUUGGGCCGCGAUCUUGUCGACUACGAACACGUCAGAUUGUGCUGGGGAAGGUUACUGGCGUUGAGCCUCCUGGAUGGCCGUUGGGGCUCCACUUGGGGAGAUCCGUCCAUGCACAGCGUGGUUGGGUUUGCGGGGGAAAUCAAAGCUCUUGGAAGGUGGUGAGCCGACAGCGAGCGAGUCUGCUGCCUGAUGUCAUAUCCAGCUGCACCGUUGCCUUAUGCAUGGCGAUGGCAAAGGCACAGAACCGUGAUGCACUCGCCGUGUGGGGUUCUUCAGCUAACUUUCGAACUGGUUUUAUUAUCCAAGCGUUCUCACUGGUUGAUAUUUCCCUCAUGCAUCCAGGGACUCAUCCUUUGCAUUGGCCGGUGAUGGCCAUGACUAAAUUGAUUCUUCUUUUUUUUUUUUUUUUGUGCAACAUCAAACUGUUGGGCCUCAACAGUGGCUGUAGUAGCCACAUGCGUCACGAAGGUUAAUCUGCAUUGCUUGUCCCUCACUGUAGAAAGCCUGGGAGACCGUCGUGCAUUGCUGCAGACUAGAUGUUACAUCAAUCGCCACCCCUGUGUCAAGUCCAUCGCCUCAUCUAUGCCGUCGAUGGAUGAUUGCUCCAUUCAGUGCUGCACCCCACCACCAAUCACAUCCCGUAUCCAUCCACAAUGGAAACUUUGCUAUCACUGCCAAUCGUACCCUGACAAUAC